UUUUGUUCCCGAAAACUUUUUUGUUCAGUAACACCCUUUUUAUUUGAAUUCCAACACAAAAUGGGCCGCUUACGACGAUCACGAACACAUCACGGCAUUCGAGACAUAUACCGCAAAUACCGAACUCGUAACUAUGCUCGUGAUCUCGACCAGAUCCAUGACGAUAUCAAGCCGGAGAAUGUCGACAAGUACAAAAACCAGGCGUUAGAUCCAGAUAAGCCAGGUCUUGGUCAGAACUACUGCGUCGAUCGUCACUUUAUCAAUCCAGAUGCACUUAAAGAACAUGUCCGUGGGAAGACACACAAGAAGCGAGUCAAGUUGCUAAAGGAAGAACCUUAUACGCAGGCAGAGGCUGAUGCCGCAGCAGGAUUGGGCAAGGCUGAUAACGGCAAGCGAGGAGGUCGUUCAUUGGCAUCCGGGGACGUUGACAUGGAAGAUCAGUAGACACCGUAUCUUCAACGGGUGCCGUAGCAGCAGUAGCAGCAGCAGCAGCAGCAGCAAGCCAACAUAUAAACAUCAUUAUUAUGCAACAUCCAUCUUUCUUCAUCUCUCUAUUUCUUUCAC